AUGCCAAGUGGACGUCUGAAAAAUUUUGACGUUUUGUCAAUUUGUGCACUGUUUGCGUGUAAUAAGUACCUACUUUGUGCAUAACUGCAUUUAUUUGAAAUUAAACACUACCACUACAAUUAAUUACUGAAAAAUGGCUUCACCAAGAACCCGCAGGAAGCUUAACUCUAUCCGAAAUAUCGACGAUAAUAACAAAUGUUUCGAGUGUGGUACAUUGAAUCCGCAAUGGGUCUCUGUUACGUAUGGCAUCUGGAUUUGCUUAGAAUGCUCGGGGGUGCACCGCAGUCUAGGAGUUCACCUUUCAUUUGUUCGAAGUGUCACCAUGGAUAAAUGGAAGGACUUGGAGUUGGAGAAAAUGAUGGUAGGGGGCAACGGGAAAGCUCGAGAUUUUUUCGAGAGUUCGUCGGACUACAAGCCUGGCAUGACUAUACCUCAGAAGUACAACACUAAAGCGGCUGCUAUGUACCGGCAAAAGAUAUCAUUCUUGGCUGAAGGCAAACCUUGGUCUGCUGAGGAUUUUACACAAGAAUUAACACAAAAGAGCAGUGGCUGGUCGUCUAACUUCGUCACGCCCGACCGUUCGGCCACCUUCAACAAGACGAACUCUGAUGAUCUAAGCUACCAGUGGUCUGGAUCGGCCAAAAACUCUCCGUCGUCGCCCAUGAGCCCGGUGCCCGGGGAGAAUGCUAUGGACAAUACGCUGGCAUCACUGGCGUCAGGAUGGUCCCUAUUUACUUCAUCUGUCAGCAAAGCCGCUCGCACCGCCACUGAGAGUGCCGUACGUUACGGAGGCAUCGCAUCGCAGAAAGUGACAGAAAUGGCUUCUACCGUAACCGAAAGGGUGAACAACCGAGCGGGAUGGAGCACAUUGUCGGGAACAACGGAGCAAAGACGAGGAUCCGAAAAUUUGGGCUCCUACCAGGCUGGAUAUGGCGCAAUGAAGUCGUCAACCUCUGAGCCCUAUGCCUCAUGGAACGAACAGUUGCAACCGUGGAAAGAGUCGGUUGCAGCCCGAAACAACUUGGACACCCGCGAUCUAUCGCAAGUGGGCGUAUCCAGUCCACCGCCGGAUAUAAAGAACCUCACCAUAAAAAAGAAGAAUGGAUCAGAUGAGGAUUCUUGGGAUUGGCUUAACAACUAAGUAACCAAGUUUCCAACCAGAGUAAGGCUGCGGCGACAAGGAAGCUGCCAGUUUAUUUUCCACGUCACACCUUGAUGAUUUUAUAAUCUGUGUCAAUGUUUCAACCACAUAGUUCAAUUAGCCUUUUCAUUUGUUGUAACUAAUGCUCCCAUAUACUAGGUAUUACAAUUUGUAAAGGGCUAACCUUAUACCUACGUAGUAGGAUUGUAUUGAAAUGAAUGUAUUGUCCAUCUUUUAAGGGAAGACGAAGUAUUAACUGCUUAAAAAACUAAAGUCCUGUUAUAAGGUUGACAGUUAAAAGGCUGUUUGGCUAGUUGGCUGAAGCUAAUGUAGAAUCUAUGCGAAUGUAAAUUAAUUAAAUUACAGUACUGCCUCAACUACGUAUGAAACAAUAGGUACCUAUAAACAAUAAAAAGCAAAACAAAAUGAUUAACUAACAUCAUUGCUUGGAACAGAAACUUUGCAACUGAACCUGGAUAAAUGAUUGGAAUAUACUUACGGCUUAAUCACGUGAGGUGUUUCAAUCAAUUUCAACAAUAUGGAUGCUAACAGCACUGAAAUGGAUUAAACUAAACUUAGAAAGCGCUCUAGGCAAGUACAUCUUAAGCACAACAAAUUUUUUGAGCACCGCCUGUCACUCUGUGACCACGCACGUCUCGCGGCGUUGUGACGCCCCUCUGCAACAUGGGGCCCUAGGCACUUACCUAGUUUGUCUAAGCGAUAAUACGGCUUUGUAAAAGCAGUGGAGGUGACUCAAUAUUUAUCAGUCUUUUUGAAUUUACAAUCGUAUAGAUUUCAUAUACGUUCUCGAUUAUAUAGUAAUUCGUUAUACAAUGAUGCUAUUGUCACAUACAAAGUUAUACGCUUAAAGUAAACUUUGCGAUGUAUUCGGAAAUACUUUGAUUAGAACAUUCCAAAGUAACUGCUGGUUUCUUAUGUUAUUUGCAACAAAUUUUUAACAUCUUAUGAAACCACGGAUGUUUAUGUAUUCGAGGCGAUCUCUAAAUUGUUAAUUGGACGAAUGUUAAUUUUUUUAUUGCAUUGCACGGCUACUGCGUCUAACGUCUAAGUAUGAGUGAAAAGCGUCAUUGUAAAUCUAAUUACUGAUUUAGAACAAAUAAUUAUUUUAUUUAAUUGCCUGAUUAUUCGUUUUUGUACUUGGGUGUUUUAUAAUUUUGUUCUUUAAUUAGAAAGUGUGAUGUGGUCAUUCAGUCAAACGUCAAAUAACUCAAAUACGGUGUCCAUGUAAUUCCCGCCAUUUUGAUGUAAUGACACUUCGUCCUAAAACAACACAAGGGCUCUUGAAUAAUCUGUGGUAACAAUUUCUAACGUUCUAUUUUUUCCGGUACAAAUGCCCCUUGGACGAAGUCAGCUUUAAGAGCUUUACUGGCCUUACCUUGCGUAGCUUUGGCCUAUAUUAAUCACUUGUUAGUAUUUAAGGUGUAAGAAUGGUUAUUUGGUGGAUGCACGUUUUAUACCCGCGUGUGGAGUGAUUGAAAGCCUAGGCAUUAUAUUUAGCCUUUUUUAUUGGAAGCCGUUGAUUAUUACAUACAUUAGGUUUUUGUCUGCAACUGAUGCGUUUAACAUAUCAAAUCAUGUUCGACGCAUGUGCGAUGCAGCAUAAUAGUAAAUACUGGUUGCAUUAGUAUGAGCCCAAUAAAAGAAGGUUUAAGUAAUUAUAGACGCGGGAAGUUUGAACAGCCGCCCCACAAUGAAACGCAUUUAGAUAUGAAUGACUUAGACAAUUUUAACGUACCAAUCAUUUUUAGAUUAACUCGGCAUACCAUAUGCUCCGUAUCCCGUCUACAAAGACGUUUAGCGUAAUAUUGUUUAGUAAAAUUUAUUUGCAAUCUCUCAAUUUUUAUUUUUUUAUGCUCGGUUACGUUCUCCUACGUUUCUGAUUAUUGUUGUAUUAAAUCCAAAGUUGCCAUUCGAUGUCGGUAGAUGAGUCUAUACUUAGUACUACCUUUUGUAAUAUUCUGCCUGUCUCUUACCGUCCUGUUUACGAACUAUAAAUAAGUGUUUUUCUAAUCUUCUUCACAUUUGUCUAUCGACAUCGAUAUAGCCUUAUCCACGCUGAAUUUACGCACUAAAUGCUGUACAAAAAUAGGGAUAUAUUUAGGUAGCUGGAGAUUGCACAGCUGGAUGGGGCUUAUUAUUAUUCCAUUUAUUUUUAACUUUGAUUAUAUUUGAAAUUAUUUUUAGUGUCUAGUUAUACUUUGUCGUAUUUUUUCCUAUAUUUUUGUAAUUAAGAUCAAUAUGUAUUUGUAAAAUUAUGUUAUGUACAAAAGUAGUACCUACCUAUUGUUGUUUAUAUUUUACUUUUAAGGUUUGUACGGUAUGUGGGCUCGCUGUGGGCUGGAUUACGAUAGUAAUUAAAUUUGAUUCAUUCAAUAUUAAUAAAUGUAGAUUAAAACAA